AUGUGUGUUGGUCGGUAUGUCAGAAUCUCAGAAUCUCAGAAUCUCAGAAUCUCAGAAUCUCAGAAUCUCAGAAUCUCAGAAUCUCAGAAUCUCAGAAUCUCAGAAUCUCAGUAUCUCAGAAUCUCAGAAUCUCAGAAUCUCAGAAUCUUAGAAACUCAGAAUCUCAGAAUUCCAGAAUCUCAGAAUCUCAGAAUUCCAGAAUCUCAGAAUCUCAGAAUUCCAGAAUCUCAGAAUCUCAAAAUUUCCCAACCUUAG